GCUCCGGAAGUGCCCUUGCCCGCGGGAGUGGUGGAGGGCCAGGUGGGUCAGCGCCUUGCCGUCAGCGAAGAGCAGAUCCAGCAGUUUGAGGAAGAUGGAGUCAUCAUGAUCAAGGGCGGAAUGAAGGACUGGGUUCCUUUCCUCCGUGGCAUCACCGAGGAUCAGAUUGAAAAGCCACACCUGUGGUCACUGGUGGGGCGAAUGAGCGGAAUGUACGACUACAUCCAGCGCAACAUGUGGAUGACCAACAACGGCUUCCGCGAUUUCCUGUACUACUCGCCACUGGGCCACAUCGUCUCCCAGCUCGCAAGGACCGAGGAGGUGCGCUGCUCCACGGACAUGCUCCUCGUCAACCCGAACCGGGGCUUCGGUUGGCACCAGGACAACCAGAACGGGCCCAUCGAGUUCGAUGAUGCGAUCCGAUGGUGGGUGGCCAUGGAUGCUUGUGGUCAGGAUGGCAUUGGUGCUCCUGAGUACUUGCUGGGAUCUCACCGCAACAAGUCGGUCAGCAGCGAUGCCGUCUUCGUGAAGCUUGAGGACGGAGACCUCUCAACCUAUCCUCGAAGCACCAGGUACACUCCCGAGCCAGGAGAUUUGAUCAUCUGGAAUGCCCGCACCAUUCACCGCAUCGUGGCGCCUCCGGGGCAGAAGUGGGUGGACGGCACUCAGCGGCGCGCCAUCGGAGGCACCAUGGCCAAGGCUGGUGCCAAGUACAUCAACAAGGGCGGUGCCAGCGGCAUCAGCGACCUUGCAGGGCAUACCCAGAAGAACGGCGAAGAGCUCGGAGGCGCCAGGAAUGCACGGAUGCACCCAGGCCCCUAUUUCCCACGCAUUUUUCCCGAGCGCGUUCCAGAGGAGGAGGCCGUCCGCGCUGCGAACGGUAUUAUCGGCCGUUCUCCCCAGAAGAUCGUGAAUCUGGGGGUGACGCUGGCCUCCAACGCGAGCAAGUAUGUUUCUUUCACAAAGGUCGUCGGCAAGAAAGACUGA